AUGAAAUGCAAAGAACCGAUAUUAAGCAAUAGUGAUUAUAAAAAUAUGAUUCAGAACGAUAAUAAAAAUAAGGGAAACAUAAAAGAGGACGAAGGAGAUAAUUUCACGCCUAUUAGAGAAUCUGAAAAUGGAUUCUUAGAAACAUCCAUAGAAUUGUCAAAUACACAUUUAAAAGAGUUAUUGGAAACAUUACCAAGACCAUAUUCAGAAAAAAAUGAUCAUGCAGAGCUUCGAUUAACUUUUGGUCUUGAAAAAAAAAUAGAAAAUGUAUUAUCUAUGAAUAAAGAAAUUCCGGAUAAAAAGUGUACCAUUAUUGAAACUCCAAAUAAACAAAUACCUGAGUUAGCUGUCCAGGAAUAUGUUCCUAGUUCAGAAAAUGACAAAAUUGAUUAUUCUUUUGCCAACAUGAAUCAGGAUUUAUCAUACAAAACAAAGAUACAGCCACUAGAUAAUGACCAAGUGAACCCAAAAAGACAUAGUCCAGAGACAAUCCAGCAAAACUGCCAGCUUCUUUCCGAUACACUUAAUCCCAUUCCCAGUAGCCUUGAUCUUCAAAAACUCCUAGCGAGCUUAUCUCCUGUUUCUAAGGUAGACCCACAAUCAGUCACAUUCCAGGCAACUGCAAAUAAUUCACUCUCUCCGGAUCUUUUAAAAGCCUUAAAUUCUGUUUCUUCUAUAACUGAUACCAAUAUUAUUCAGUCUUCGUUGAUACAACAUCCCAAUUACAAAAAUGCUAUUAGUAAUCAUGAAGCUCCUUAUACUCCACAAGAAGAUGCCUUAUUUCAGAAAUUUCUUAUAGAUGAGAAACAAAUUAUGUCAAAUACAGCGCCACAUGAAUUCCCACCAGGAUCUCGGAUGUUUAUAGGUAAUUUGCCAACUGAAAAAGUAACCAAAAAAGAUGUUUUCCGUAUUUUUUAUCCAUAUGGACGACUAGGUCAAAUUGCAUUAAAGCAAGCCUAUGGCUUUGUUCAAUUUUUUUCAUCAGAAGAAUGCCAAAAUGCAAUUAAUGGAGAACAGGGAACUAUGAUUCGUGGGAGAAAGAUGCAUUUAGAAGUUUCAAAACCACAAAAACAUAGAAUUCCUCCUUCUAAUGAUAAAAAAAACUACCGAGCCAGGUCACGAUCUCCAGACAUAAGAGAUCGAUCUCCAGUACGUGAAAGAAGUAGGAAUCAUGGACGUGGAAAUCAUGGAUAUAGUAUUUUAUAUGAUCGUGAUAAUAAAAAAGAUCGAUAUAGCUCAAGAGAUGAAUUUGGUAAACGACCAUCAUCUCAAUCUCGAUAUCAUAGAGAUCGAGGGAUCGAUUAUGGAAAAGAUUACAGAUCUACUUCUCCUGAUCGAUUUCGUGAUUAUUCACAUUCACAUCAACAAAUGGAUAAUUUUCCUCUUCCUCUUCGGUAUGGUAAUAACGUUCCAGAAUGCCAAAUUAUUAUUACAGAUGAUACUGACAGAAGUUUUAUUUAUUUUGUUGAAAAGGCUUUUAAAGAGAAAGGUUUUCGUAUAGAUACAUUAUUUUUAUCACCAAGAUUACCAUUGCCUUCUGUUGUUCAACAAAUGAUUAUUGAAGGGAUUAUGGCUAUAAUAUUUCUUAAUAGACAAUUACAAUCUCAAUCUAAAAUUUCAAUGCAAAUCUUUGAUCGAAAAGCUGAUAGCUCUGAUGUAAAAUUUGACGAAUAUGCAAAUAUUGAUGUUCAUGUUGCAGUAGUAUUAGCUCUUCGAAAAAAACAAUCCAUUUUGCAAUUAACAAAUACAUAUGGAAUAUCCAAUUAUAAUAAUACUAGUUUCCAAUCUCAAAAUACUCCUUCAUUUGGCAUAGCAAAUUCAGAUUUAGCAAAUUUAAUUGGUUCACUUGAUCCAACAACUCUUCAAAAGGUUAUUGGGGCAUUAACACAGUCCUCUCAACAAUUAGCACCUCAAAUACAGCAUAUGCCUUAUACAGCUUCUCUACAAAUUCCAUAUCAAGGAUCUCCUACCAAUCAAAAUUAUCAAAUAAAUCCGGGAAUUGUGCCUUUAAUAACGUCUACAAUACCGUCGCAAGGACAGCAACCUGCUCAGCAAGUCCAAGAUAUUUUAGGACAAUUGGCAAAACUUCAAGGACAAUAAAGAUAAAAUUUAGUAUUAAUUUAUAAUCAAAAUUGCCAUAUCUUCAUAGAUAAUUAUAAAACGUACAACAUUUUG